CUGUCUUGGUGUUUGCAGCAGGCCUGACCUCAGUGGGACGGGGCGGGGGUGGGGAAGAUGUCCAACAACAUGGCCAAGAUUGCAGACGCGAGAAAGACGGUGGAACAGCUGAAGCUGGAGGUGAACAUAGAGCGGAUGAUGGUGUCCAAAGCAGCAGCAGAGCUGAUGGCCUUCUGUGAAGCUCAUGCCAAAGAGGACCCCCUGGUGACCCCGGUGCCAUCAUCAGAGAACCCGUUCAGGGAGAAGAAGCUGUUUUGUGAGAUUUUGUAACUCCUGCAAGUGAAAAACAUCAUCAACGUAAAGCUG